CUAUUAGCUGGCACAUCUAUUUCGUAGUAGUGUCAAUAAGGUAAUGCCACUUAGGCGCGCGGCACGCUCUUUACUCCAACGAUUGCGACGGUGUCUCUAAAUUAGUGAGCACGUGAAGAACGCCGAUUCUUUCGACCCUGCAACACGUGUAGCAGGUAGCCCGUCGUCGAGAGAAACAGAGAGAGAGAGAGAGAGAGAGAGAGAGAGAUGAAUCAUCGAUCAAAAUUCAAUAUUGUGAAUAAUACUGUGAUACAGUCAGUGACGUGAUAUCGUUACAACUUUAUCGAUGCGAAUUUUAUCAGAUCUUGGCGUAACUCUUGGAUAAUCUCAUAGAUGUGUCAGAAAGAGAAAGAAAGGGGAGGGGGAGAGACGCUUCAUGGAAAUACAUACACGCGGUAAUUGCAAAUAUUUGUAGAGGAGUGUUAAUCGUGACCGCGGCGAGGCGCCAGCGUGCGGAGCCGCAGCCCGACAGAACCGCCGCUGGAAUCACCAGAACCACAGUCGUGAGGAAUCGCGUAACGGUGGCUGACGGUUGACGUUGCUGACGGGACUCAUUGGUUCUGGUACGAUCCAGUGCGGUCUGUUGCGGUCGCGCGGCCGCGUGAGCGCGCCCGCGCGCGCGCGCGCGCUUGCCCGCGAUUUGCGGUUCCUCGCUUUCGAAACGUUCGCGCGAAAGGUAAACAGUUACACUGUAUUCAUCCUCUUCCACUUGAAUGCGAUCUCAAGAGUACAUGUACGCGCGAGGAAUUUCACUUUCUCAUGGUGCUUGAAGGAGCGGACGUUAGAAAUAAGUGUUGAAAUAAGUGUACCAAAAGGUGGGCGCGCUUGCACACGCACACGCACGCGCACGCGCGCGGGUCGUUGCACUUCCGACCGCGUGCUCUAUGUGCUCCAUGCGCGCGACCUUUGUACCUCGUACCUAUCUUCUCGGAGCGUUCUUCGACGCGAAUGAUGUCGUUCGAUCAUACCGGAGACUAUGGUAAACGCGGAAUGCAAAGCGAGUGUUGUCGUUUAAUCGAGAAAGUGACAACCGAGGAAAGUGGUAACGAGUGAAGAAGCUCUCUAGCCGCGGCGGCGACACAAGACCACAGAUCUACGAUCACGAGAAUGAUCUUCACCGGUAGAUCGGUAGACGCUCUUGACGAGAUGCGAGGCACCAGUGGCGCGAGUGGUAGUAUUAUCCAGCCAGACAACACGAUCGCCGGUCGUCGAGAUGUAAGCGCUGUCGCUAUCGCGGCCGGAUGGUUCUCCAGUUUGCGGAGACCCGGCAAGAGGAAGAAAAACUAUCAAAAGCAAGCCAAGAGCGCCUGGGACCUCACCGUCUUGUCCACCGCCACGCAAUUGAAAGAUGAAUUGGGCGAGGUUGUGGCAGAAAUGGAGGCAAUGGAGGGCGGCGGACUUACGACCGACGAGACUAAACCGUCCAACAAGGCCAAGCAGAUGUCGAUUGGGCGCAAAAAGUUCAAUAUGGAUCCCAAGAAAGGUAUCGAGUACCUGAUAGAGCACAACCUGUUGACGCCGACACCGGAAGAUGUUGCUCAGUUUCUAUACAAGGGUGAGGGCCUCAACAAAACUGCGAUCGGCGACUAUCUCGGUGAACGGCACGAUUUCAACGAACGCGUGCUGCGAGCCUUCGUCGAAUUGCAUGACUUUACAGAUCUCAUAUUGGUACAAGCUCUACGACAGUUUCUCUGGUCGUUCCGACUGCCCGGCGAAGCACAGAAGAUCGAUCGCAUGAUGGAAUGCUUCGCUCAAAGGUACUGCCAGCUAAACCCGAAUAUUUUCACCAAUACGGACACUUGUUACGUAUUAAGUUUUGCCAUCAUCAUGUUGAACACUUCGUUGCAUAAUCCGAGCGUUAAGGAUAAGCCCACCGUAGAUCAAUUUAUUUCGAUGAAUCGAGGGAUUAACAAUGGCGGAGAUUUACCGCGGGAAUUGCUUAUGAGUCUAUACGAGAGUAUAAAAACCGAACCAUUCAAAAUACCAGAAGAUGAUGGUAACGACUUGAUGCACACCUUCUUUAAUCCUGAUAAAGAGGGAUGGCUAUGGAAGCAAGCAGGCGGACGUUACAAAAGUUGGAAGAGGCGAUGGUUCAUAUUAAAUGACAAUUGUUUAUACUACUUCGAGUAUACAACGGACAAGGAACCACGCGGUAUCAUUCCACUAGAGAAUAUUCAGGUUCGAGAGAUUCAAGACCGCCAUAAACCGCACUGUUUUGAAUUGUAUGCUGCUGGCUCCGAAUUUAUAAAGGCAUGUAAGACUGAUAGCGAAGGAAAAGUCGUCGAAGGAAAACAUACGGUAUACCGAAUGUCCGCAGCUACCGACGAAGAAAAAGACGAAUGGAUCAAAUGCGUACGACAAAGUAUAUCGCAUAAUCCUUUCUAUGACAUGCUGGCGGCACGAAAGAAAAAAGCACAAAAAACAAAUGUACAUUCAAAGAGUUAAGCGCUGCCACAAGCCGAAUUUCUUGAGAAACUCGGCGGAUCAGAAGACUGUUUAUUCGCGAUCCAUGGUAUGGUAUCGUCGAAUACAACCAAAUUACAUGAUGAUGGCAAAGAAUCAUCGAGAAAGAAAGAAAACGCCAAAAGCAUUAUAAGCUAUGCUGAUAAUUAUCAUACAUUGUGAUAUCACACGAAACAUCGUUGCGGUAAACGUUGUGACUGCAUACACAGAUUACAGCGUUAAUAUGACAUCGUAGAUUGAGUACGAAAUAUAGAAUUGGCGCAACCCAAAAUAAAUAUCUAGACCUAAACGAACAUCAUAUAAGACAUGAUAUCGUGUCAUUAUAACGCGAUCCUCGAUUGGCAUUAUGUCAGUGUAAAAAAAAACGAUGCGCUAGAGAGGCCUGGUUACAUUUCUACUAAUUUAAUGAAUAAACUUGCUUCUGUACCCUUUCAUAAAAGAGCAUGAUAGUUUUACAUAUUAAAAAUCAAAGUUUUUAUUUUGUAAAUAAUUAAAUCGUCAAUUGAAUUAAUCGACACAAAAAUAAAAUGUGAAAAAGAAAUUUCGACUUGUAUUUACAAUUUUGUAUCUUGCUAAAAAAUCAAUAAUCUCAAAAAUUGUCCUGUUGGUAACACAAAAUAAACGCUUUUAGCGUCACAUUUGUUAUCAACAUAUUAAGUGAGAACAAGUUAUAACAGAGAAAAAUGGAAUAUUUCUUAUUUUCCGGCAGCUUUAAGACACUGUUGAAGCUCUAUCUGAUUUUAGAAGGUAAUAUUUGAGAUAAUAUUUCAUAUAAGAUAAAAAUAAUAUUACGUCCUGUAUCGCAUUAAUAAAAGAUAAAUCAAUUUUUAUUUAUAUUAUAAAAAAACAAAAUCGAGUACUUGAUAACUUUAUGUGAUCAUUAUUCAUAUAUAUUUAUUUAAACAAAUAUGUACAAAAUAAAAUUAAAUAAUGUGUUUUCUACAUAGACAACAUUGUUUUUGACUAUUCAUGUUUGUAUAAUUCAUGAAUACAGCAUAAUUAGCUAACUUAUAAUGUUUAUUUGGUUUGAAAAGUUCCGUACAUAGCACAGAAACGAAUGGAAACACACACACACAUACAACAUACACACACACAUAUACAUACAUACAUACAUACAUAACUGUGUACAAUUUUGUGUAUAAAAUUCUGCAAAAAUGAUUAAUAUGUAACUAACUUAAAUCAAGGAUCCUUUGUGAGAUCUAGCGGGAACCUGCAACUCUAUCAAUCUUAAAACAAUUAUAAAUAAAGGAAAUAUUAAAAGAAA